AUGUUUUCCGAUGGGACUGAGAAUACAAUAAAUGUUCAAACCUGGUCUGAAUACGGAAAAACACGAUUCAGGGAUAGCCUUGUUACUAAUGAAGAAUCAGUUUUACUGGAGAAGGUAAUUAUCCAAGUCAGACAGACGCAUUGGGUUGCGUUAUCAAGAAUUUGGGCCACUUGGGAUGAUAAUGAGAAGACACUGUUCAGAGAAAUAUACGGCGACCUAGUAGAGCUGCUCAGAGUUCCAAUAGACGAAGUGGUUGUUCGAACCCUGGCCGAGUGUUGGAAUCCAGCUUACAGGUGUUUCACGUUCGGUAAAGUAGAUAUGACCCCUACCUUGGAGGAGUAUACGGCUUUACUGAAUAUCCCAAAUAUCAGAAGACAUUCUAUUUACACCAAGGUGAUCCGACCUAAGGGAUUCAUUACCAAGAUGAUCAUGCUGACCGAGAAGACCAAGGAAUGGGUCGUAGAGUAUAUUCGUGAUGAGGGAAUCUCUUGGCCUCAACUGAAAAGUUUGAUUUAUGAGCAGACUCCAUCAAAAAGAAGAAUAGAUCACUUUGCACUUGCAUUAUAUGGCUUGUGUAGACGAUUGGGGGAAGGUCAGUUCACCGGAUAUGCCUCAUUGUUACUAGUUUGGUGGUGGAACCACUCUUGGAUAGUCGAGAAAGGUUGGGCUCGGAGACAUCAAUCGAAUUUUUCGCCUCUAGUGAACUUCCUCAGCAAGUCUCAAAUACCAGAGCAUCCCAAGAGGAAGGAAUGGGUUGAAGCUCUCCGUAACAUAAAAGAUACUGAGAUAGUAUGGAAGGCUUACUGGUUACCCAAAGAAGACAUACUUUUCAGAUGCGGCAACGAUAGUUUUAUAAUGCUACACGGGUUAUGGGGAGCGAUCGGGUAUACUCCGCUAAUUGCACUCAGACAGUUCAGUACCCUACAAUUCGUACUCGCUACCCACGGCCUGAAGGAGGCGGAGUUUUCUUUCUCCACUCCAGGUUACCGAGAGCGGAUUUCAAAGAUUUAUAUGGCUUGGCUUGAACCUCACUGCAUGAGCUUCAAGAUAAUAGAGCAUGUAUUCACGCCGGCCUACGAGGUUUGGAGGUUGCAAAUGAUUAAUAACAACACGUCGAAGCCAAAUUUAGAAGAUGAGUUGACUAUGGAGGAGCGAUUGAAGAGGCUCCCAACAGAGGCUGAAUUGUUAAGAGAGGAAAUGCAACUGAUAAAUAUGGAGAAAGAAAAAGAAAAUAGAAAGUUCUCAGAUGAGAAGACAAUGUGGGAGCUCGAGCUGAUUAAGAAAGAUUGA